AAAAACUAGUGAAAUCUUAGAAACCGAAUGUAAAAAACGUGAGAAAAAAGAAAACAAAAGAUUAAAUGAUGCGAUUAACAGUGUCACAGGUUUAGAUUUAAAUGAUAGUGAAUAUGAUGAUGAAGAUACUAAUGACAACAUGGAUAUAAAAAAGAAUAAUUUAUUUUAA